CAAAGGAACCGAACCGAACCGACAUUAAACCAAAAUUCCCAUUCAAUUGAAUCGAAGUGACUCUGAAUAUCAGUCGGUUUAGUUUUUAUAUAUUUUUUUUAAUAGCCGUAGAGGGGGAGACGAGGGUUCGAUCCACGUGUCAAACAGUCCAGAGAAAAAAACAGAAGUAAGAAGAGAAGAAAAUGAACUUCUUCUUCUGCAAUUUUUCUAACUUUGUUAGCUUCUACAGAUUUUGCUACGAGCCAUUGGAGAAACUGUUAUUGCCCUAAAGAUAUGCGUUAUUUUUCUCCUUCUUCUUCGGAUACGAUUCAUAGAUGAUUCCACAAACUUCUUCUUCGAAUUUUGAUUUCCGAUUACCUGUUGAUGUGUCUUGCACUCUGCUCUGUCCAUGCUCUAAUGAGCUCCGCGCGGUUUUUUUUACAAGGAGUCGGGUUCUGCGUCCGAGCGUCAAAAUUUCGAACUUUAGGUUUAUUUCCUGUGGAUUUCGUGGGAAUUCGAAAAACCUAAGAUUGACGGAUUCUAGUAGAAAGGCUGCAAAUAGGUUUGUAAUUGCUAGGUUUACGAAUGAAUUUGAAGACGAGGGUAGUUCGAAAGAGUCCAAUGACCAAGCCAAUUUCAGUAACUUUAGGGAAGAUCCGAUAGUGGAUAAGCUUAGGACCCAGUUAGGUGUAAUCCAUCCACUUCCGUCACCGACCAUUAAUCGUAGUGUAAUUAGUCUAUUCGUCUUCUUCUUUUUCGUUGGUGUUGCUUUUGAUAAGCUAUGGACUUGGAGAAAGAGGCAAAGAGAAACAGGUGGAGAUGGAAACCAACGAGGAGUAGGGCCAUGGCCACAGGUUCCCACCAGCUUCUCUUUGUUCCUAGAGAAGGAUUUGCAAAGGAAAGAGUCCGUGGAGUGGGUCAACAUGGUGUUAGGGAAGCUCUGGAAAGUGUAUAGAGCGGGUAUUGAGAAUUGGCUCGUUGGUUUGUUACAGCCUGUGAUUGAUGACUUGAAAAAGCCUGAUUAUGUGCAGAGAGUUGAGAUUAAGCAGUUUUCUUUAGGGGAUGAGCCGUUGUCUGUCAGAAAUGUUGAGAGGAAGACAUCUCGCCGUGCCAAUGACUUGCAGUACCAAAUUGGCCUUCGGUAUACUGGCGGUGCACGCAUGUUGUUAAUGCUCUCUUUGAAAUUCGGUGUUAUCCCAAUAGUUGUUCCAGUUGGUGUCCGAGAUUUUGACAUUGAUGGUGAGCUUUGGGUCAAACUAAGAUUAAUACCGACACAACCUUGGGUGGGAGCUGUAUCAUGUUCGUUUGUAUCACUUCCAAAGGUCACAUUUCAACUUGCAGCAUUCAGAUUGUUUAAUCUAAUGGGAAUUCCCGUUCUAUCAAUGUUCUUGACCAAACUGCUGACUGUGGAUUUGCCUCGAUUAUUUGUCCGACCGAAGAAAAUUGUCUUGGACUUUCAGAAAGGAAAAGCUGUUGGACCUGUUUUAGAAGACCUGAAAUCAGGAGAAAUGCAGGAAGGCAAUAAGGAUUUUGUCGGGGAACUAUCUGUUACUCUUGUUGACGCCCAGAAACUUCGAUACAUGUUUUUUGGUAAAACGGAUCCAUAUGCAAUUCUCAGAUUAGGGGAUCAAGUUAUCCGUAGUAAAAGGAACAGUCAAACUACUGUCAUUGGGGCUCCUGGUCAGCCAAUUUGGAAUCAGGACUUUCAAUUCCUUGUUUCAAAUCCUAGAGAGCAAGUAUUACAAAUUGAGGUCAAUGAUCGUCUUGGGUUUGCUGAUAUGGCUAUUGGUACUGGAGAGGUUGAUCUCAGAUUUCUGCAAGAUACGGUUCCUACAGACAGAAUUGUGGUUUUGCGUGGUGGUUGGAGUUUGUUUGGAAAGGGAUCUGCGGGUGAGAUACUGCUACGGCUUACAUACAAAUCAUAUGUGGAGGAGGAAGAAGAUGACAAGACCAAUGUCAAAGCCAUUGAUACUUCUGACGAUGAAAUGUCUGAUUCAGAAGAACUUGGCUCAUUUGUGCGGAAGGGAAAGCUUUCGUCAGAUGAUAUUGAUCAAGAGUCAUUUAUGAACGUGUUGUCUGCAUUGAUUGUGAGUGAGGAGUUUCAAGGCAUAGUUUCAUCUGAAGCUAGAGACGGUAUAAUUGAUGGUGGUGACUCACUUGGGGCACCAGUACCUUCUAAGCCAGAUACUAGUAAGGGGUCUGAAAGAAACGCAGAUGUAUCAAAUUUGGAUUUGUUAGUUGCAAAUUCUGGUAGAGGAGCUGGCGGUGAUGGAGGAUUAGCAUUACUGUGGUUCGGUAUUAUCACGGGUAUAUUGGUUCUUGUUGCUAUCAACAUGGAAGGCUCAAGUUUCUUCAACCCGUAGUAUAGUACUAUACAUCUCGCUGGAGAUUUCUGUUGCAAGUCUGGUGGUCAUCUCUUCUCAACCUUAGAUAUGGCUUAUAACGAGGUCUCAGUUUUGUAAUUUAAUUUUGUAUGUAAAUAGCCAUUAGAAGAGGGACUCUUACUAAAGGCAGGAAGGUUUGGAUCUAUUCUGUCCAAGCUCUCACUGUUGUGUUACUCUUUACACUUGUGGUUGAUAUACAGUACAUAAAAAAAGAUAGAAACUUUUGUAUAUUUUGACC